AUGUCGCCCUUGACUUUGGGCUUCAUCACUGAAGAUAACAAGUUCAUCAACAUUGUUAAUCUCGCUGCCAUGGUCUUGCUCACAGCACGAGCGUGGUCUCGAGUGUUUUCUGUGCAGAGCACAGUGGCAGGAUCUUCUCGUCUUGCCAGGCGCGCGGCGAGCACUCAGACUGCGCCUGCGCCCGAUGACGGAUGGGAGUUGGUCGUCGGCCUCGAGAUCCACGCCCAGCUGCGUACCGGCCGCAAGCUGUUCUCUCGUGAGAUCUCAGAGCCUUCUAGGAAGCUUACAUCAGGAUCGCCUCUCAGUUAUGACGAGGACGCGAACACGAACGUCGCCCUCCUCGACGCCGCCUUCCCCGGCACUCUCCCCGUAAUUGACCCCGAAGCUGUGCGACUGUCGCUCAUGACUGCAAUGGCUCUGGGCUGCAAGAUUAACCCCCGCUCUACGUUCGACCGGAAGCACUACUUCUACCACGACAUCCCACCAAGCUACCAGAUCACGCAGCACUACAACCCUAUCGCGCGUGAUGGAAUAGUCCGCUUCGAAGCGGGCGAGGGUGGCGUGCAGAGGGCGUUUGACGUCGGGAUCAUCCAGCUCCAGAUUGAGCAGGACACGGCCAAGAGCCAGACCGUUGGCGGCGAAGUGCUGGUCGAUCUCAACCGCGCGGGUACGGGGUUAAUGGAGAUCGUCACUCAGCCCCACAUGAGAUCUGCGGAAGAAGCCGGCGCGUUCGUACGGAAGCUGCAGGGCUUGCUCCGCCGCGUGGGCUCCGGAGACGGUGACAUGGAGAAGGGCAAUCUCCGCGUCGACGCGAACGUCUCCGUACGCAGACCAGGCGCUCCCUUCGCAACCCGCUGCGAGAUCAAGAACGUCAACUCUGUCCGGUUCCUCCAGCAGGCCAUCGAGGCUGAGCGGCGCCGGCAUAUCGCGCACUACGAGGGCAAUCCGGGUGUUCCUUUGAAGCAGGAGACGCGGGGAUUGAACGAGCUCACGGGGGAGACUUACAGCUUGCGAAGCAAGGAGGAGGCUGAGGACUACCGCUACAUGCCCGAUUCCAAUUUGCCCGCGCUGGCUCUUGAGCAGGAAUACCUUCAGAUACUACAGGAUGGUCUGCCAGAGUUGCCGUGGAGCACCGUCUCGCGUUUGGCAAAAACGUACGGUCUCGACAGGCGAGACGUGGAAACAUUGGUGCACCUGGACGAGUACGCAGGGGCGGGCGCCGCGUUCUUCGAGGAGGCCGCCGGUGGCGACAAGCACCUGGGCAAGAAGGUCUCGAACUGGAUCGUCCACGAGCUCCUUGGCACGUUGACCAAGGCGGACAAGCCGUGGUCACCCGACAUCGUGCCGGCGGCACUGCUCAGUGAGAUCGUCACCGCCGUCGAAGGAGGGAAGAUCAACGGCACGACUGGCCGCAACGUCUUGAAGCAUGUCGUCAGCUCGGGAUCGUCGGGGAACCUCGAUUCACUGCUGCAGGAACUAGGCCUUGCAUCCGACUCUACCGGCGACCUCGAUGGGCUGUGUCAGGAGGUUAUCGCAAAACUCCCCAAGGAAGCGGACAAGGUGCGCAAGGGCAACGAGAAGGUUGUCAUGCGGCUGGUGGGCGAGGUGAUGAAGAUGAGCAAGGGGACGGCGGAUGCGAAGCGGGCACGCGAGGUGCUUCUGGCAUUGCUCAAGCCAUAG